AUGGGAUCAAAUACCAAACGCGCCCGCGACGACACCGGCUCGUCUCCCGACGUCCGGACGCCCGCGACGACGCCGAAUCCGACGACGUCGACGACGAAACCGCUCUCGUUGAAGCAACAGUGUUUUCUCCAAGCGCUGCUCUCACGCGGGAUGAUGGUCGUGGACGACGCAGAGGAGCUUUACAGAGAAAUCGAAGAGGAUUCGGAAGCGAACGCGUUCUCCAAAUUUUGGGGCGACGUGGCGAUCGCGUUGCGGUUUUGCGAUUUGAACAUACGCACGGUGAAGUAUGAGGACGACGGGAAGACGUACAUGGCGGUGGUGAACGAGGGGGCGACGGAGGUGGCGAAACUGGCGACGCGCCUGUCGCCCGAGGAAAUCGCGCUCUUUCGCGUGACGUUGGAUGAAAUCUUGCGCGACGACGAGAGCGCUGAUCGAGGGGUGGAGUUCAUGACGGCGCUCAACUACACCGAACUCCAACCGACGCAGGCGACGCGAGACGGGGACACGCAGCUGACCCAGCUCGAGAAGCAGACGCAGACGGUGCAAAAGAUGAGCAAGACGGACAAGGAGGCGGCGCUCAACCAACUCGUCGACGAACGUUGGCUCUCGCGCGUCGACGGCGGUCGACGUCUGAAACUCGGUCCGCGAACAUUUUUAGAGCUUCGCGAGUUCGUCCUCGACCAAGCGCCCGAGAACGCGCGCAAGAGAUGGGAUAAGUUGAUGUAA